ACAUCAAGGCAACACAAGAGGAUUUUCACGUGUGGACCAAACGCGCUUUGACUAUGCAUCAACUCUUGUGAACGCUCUUCAGCAUGUUUAUACCGGUGUGUAAUUUGAAGAUUUCUACCGUUGAAAUUGUUUCAAAUGUCCUCCAAGUAACUCCACAACCGGAAGUUUAUAUGGUUUAGAUCGCUUCCUCUCGCGUGAACCUAACAGCAAUUAGGCAUACAUCGAUACUAACGUGGUUUGUCCGUUAUACUAAUCCCUGCACAUAACACGUGCGUGGAUGUAGAUAUAGCAUGAUACGGAAUACAUAUUGUAACGUAUUAUGUGUCGUCCGUAGCUGAGCAACGAAAACAAUGGUAAUUGCUGAGUUCCCAGAGCGACAAAUCGAAUACCAACAGACCGUUGCUCAGGAAGAACCGUGGCAACGAUUUAUUGAAACAGCGGAAAUAAUGCAUUUCCACGGUAAAGGGCACAGAACACGUGAAAUCAAAUCCUGGUAAAACCGCCAGUCGUAAAGUAAGACUGCUCUGGCUAAGUGAGUGUGGCCAGUAAACUUAUUCGCUAAGAUGAUUCAGUCAGUGUGGAAAUUCUUGUGUUACUGGUAUUUUCGUUAUCUAAUGGUAACUGAACUCUACAUGGUAGAAAGAUGGGAGCGUGCGGUUUCAUAUGUUGCAUUUGUACUUGUGUUCCUUAUGCUGUCGUAUUUAAAUUAUGCUGUCCUUCUGUAUGUGACAUCAUCAGUAGUUAGAUAUACAUCAAUAUAGCAAAUGCCAAGCUUGUUGCCACAGAACCGUUACAAUCAUAAUACAAGUACUACAUACCAGCGGAAGUGGACCAGAAGAUCAAGAUUAUUUCAAAUUGCAACCUUUUAUUGAUCAAUAUAAGUGAAUUGUCUUUGUAUGGUAGCAUAUCAUAAAUUCUGAGAAUACAUUACAUUCCUUAUUUUAUUGUGAAUAAAAACAUGAAUUGAAACUUUC